AUGAAUGAACAGCAAAGGGUACCCUGGAACGCAAAGCCCUCGCGCCUGGCAGAGCGAUCGCCCCAAGUUCUUUGCAAGCCAGCUAUUUGGAAGCUGCCUGUAGAGCUGCUCAGCUGCAUCAUCAUUCUCCUUCUGAUUGACGUACCGCCGAACGGCAUCACCAAGCGCAAUGUCGACCUGAUGGCACUGCUUCUAACAUCGAAGAGGCUCUACGACGCCACUUUACUCACCCUCUAUCGACACGUCACCAUCCCGCAUUCCAAGAUCUUCAAGAAGUUCCUCUUUCAGAUCGCCCAAUAUCCGCCACUUGGCUUGCUAGUACGGCGCUUCGACUUCAGCCAUUUCAAUCCGAUCAUCUCGUUCGAUACGGCCAGUGAGAGGUUCCAGGCCCGCAACCUCACGCCUACCACCCUGCUUCGAGCCCUGGAGCUCACUCCGUGCCUUCAUGAGUUCCUCGCCCAGGAGCACAUCGACGACGAGUUGGACUCCCAGGUGCUCCGAAAGCUAUUCUUCGGCCUUGAUCAGAUACAGGCCCUGGACUUCUGCGGUUGUUCAUCCUCUUCCUUCCAGCAGUCCUUCACCUCCGCCGUUACCACAGCCGACUGGACGAAGCCUCAUAGACUCAAGAGACUUUCUCUGCACAACUGUACAACACUUCCUCCAACGAUCUUCGAGGCGCUCCUGCCAGGCCUCACUCAGCUUACGCACCUCGACGUGGCUGGAACGCGCAUCACGGAUGCAGCGCUGGCAUCCCUCGCCAACUCAGCGCAGAUCACCAACCUCAACCUAGCAAAGUGUAACAAGCUCUCCGCCGAAGCCAUCACAAACUUCAUAGCGACUCAUAUUGCCGUGAAAGAUUCUUUGGUCUGGCUCUCGCUCGCUGCGGAUGCCCGGACCCACGAAACGUUCAACGUUGACGCCUUGGCACGGCUUAUACCGAGGCUGCCCAAAACGCUGAAAUCGCUGAACCUCAGAGGAAGUAACAUGGACGAGUCGCACAUUGCGCUCCUAUGCCCUUUGACAAAACAGCUGGAGGAGUUGGCCCUGGGGCGCGGCCUGAACGCCGGCGACAUGAACGGGCUCUUCCUGCCCGACGAGAUCCGACAGACAGUUGCGGAGAACGACCAAACAAGGGCGGAAUUGGACGAUUGGGUGCCUCAAAACCUGCGCUAUCUUGACCUGUCAGACAUGUGGCGUGGUGACCUGGUCCUGCACGAACUUUAUAACACGUCCGGAUGCGCCCUCUUGACGGCGCAAACGGCGCCGUUGGAGGUGAUUGAGCUCCCUGAGGACGCGGCGCGUCGACUAUCGAGAGACAACACACCGCUGAAGAGGUCUGGUUGGCGCGUCAGCGAGCUCGGCGACCGGACGUGGAUUGUGCGCGAGGGCCCCAAGUCCGGAGCCGGGGCCCAGGCCGGGGGCGCUGGCUGGAAGGUAGGGCCUCUGAUGUGGGGAACCCGCAAAGUAUCCGUGGCCAAGGCUGAGGCUGGCAGCAUGUAUGGGAGUUACAUGGAUGUGAAGCUGCCAGAAAGGCAAGCCAGCUUAGGCUCAUAUUUCCGCAAUCUCAGCGUUUGGAUGUUGGGGUGCGCAAGCAGCGUCACAGAGGGCCCGGCUGUGACUACAUUUUCCUUAAACAAGUUCUUCGUUAGCCGGGUGACCAGCUCUGAUGGGAAGCGGGAAGAGCCAAGGACCGCGGCCCCUAAUGCGGAUGCCACACCGCUGUACCUGUCCGGGUCGAUCGGCUCGCUCUUCAAGGUCCGGCUCACAGCGCAUGGAUAUACGCUUGUCGCCAAAGGAGUCGACAUGGAUGAUCUCUCACGCCUGCAGCAUGAGGAAAGAAUAUACAAGCAGAUCCAAAGUGUGCAGGAGAAGCAUGGUCCCGCUUGCCUUGGCCUAGUCGACCUAGUAUUACCGUACUACUAUGACUGCGGUGAAUUCAGGCACUUCCUCUUUCUCAGCUGGUCUGGGCGGUCUAUGUCUAGGUGCACCGACGAGAUCGACCCGAAGUUCGCCAUCAAAGCGGUGGCCAAUGCCUUCGCUGAAUUGCAUCAUCUACGCAUCCUUCAUGGCGAUGCAGAGCCACGAAAUGUAUUAUAUGAUAUGGUCAAUCAGUCCUUCAUGGUGACAGACUUCGCGAGGUCAGAGUAUCGGGAGCGCCAACCACUCGGCUCGGUCAGUCCCAACGGCUGCGACCGGAAGAGAAAGCGCGAAGGAUUGAAGAAGAAAAAGAACGACCUCUUUGCGAAAGAGAUGCGCUGCGUUGUAGCAAGCGUCGCACGGUGUUUACACAGCGUGCAGGGGCACAGCCGCCGGCCGGGUAUGUAG